AUGGGUGUGCUGGGAUGUCUCUCCAUCUCACCAACUGUGCUAGUUUUUGGCCUUUUGGGUUCAAUCCUAGAGACCACCUCAUUUGGUAUGCAAUACACAGUAGGGGACUCAGUCUGGUCCAUCCCUCCAUACCCUGAUUAUUACACUAAAUGGUCCUCCUCCAAUGUCUUCCUUGUCGGCGACUCGCUAUAUUUUGAUUUUGUGUCAGACUUCUAUGAUGUGGUUCAAGUGUCAAGCCUAGACUAUGAGAAUUGCACUACUAUGAAUUCUUAUAAUGUCUUCAAUGCUGGUCCUGCAAUAGUUCCUUUGGUGGGGAAAGGUGUGUUUUACUAUAUUUGCAAUAUCUCAAACUACUGUGAUCUUGGACAAAAGGUUUCAGUUACUGUCAGCGAGCAUUACAAGGAUCAAUCGCCAUCACCAUCGCCAUCUUCACAUUCUCUCGUGCCUCCUUUGGUUCCUGUCGUGGCACCAGAACCGUCUCAUGGUGGAAGGAAUUGGAGUAUCAUAUCACCAUCACCAGGUACACCAGGAAUUCCUAUUGAAGCCCCAAAUGGACACAGAAGGAACUUGGGUGUUGUUACUACUAGGGAAGUGUUAUUUGGGUUGGAAUCCACAUUGUUUUUAGUUUUCAUAUUGUUUGUGUUAGUAUAAGGAGAAAUUAGUUAACAUCUAAGAGGCUAUGUGGUUUU